ACAUUGAACUUAUGCCAACAAACAGGAAAGCCAAGGGGAAAUUUCAUUCUCCAGCUACACGAUAACAUAAAAUCCAUUCAUUCAUUAAUUACUGUAUGGUAGUAUUUUAAUUAAGAGUUUGUACUGUUCAGAUGCAGAUUUCUAAUAAACCCCCACAGACAGCGCACCCCACCACUCAUCUACUGGUAACUGCCCAACACGAAAAAGAAGAAGAAGAUGGGUGCUCAGUGCUCUAAGCAGGUUGAGCGACGAAAAGCUAUUCAUACAGAGAAGAAAUACUUGCAAGAUCUUCAAGGCAAGGACGGCGAAGAUUUCCCCGGUUCUGAUUACCACCCCGCUGAUCGGAAAAACUGGAUGGGAGGCCUUGACCCUGCCAAACUUCGUGUCAAUCAGAUCGUCUGGCCUGGGACUCACGAUUCCGCUACAAACAAGAUUGGGAUUCCUCUGAUUUCUCGUCCCUUCGCGCAGUGCCAAUCCUUGUCAAUCUAUCAGCAACUGGUCACCGGUGCUCGCGUUCUUGAUAUCCGGGUUCAGGAGGACCGGAAAGUGUGCCAUGGAAUUCUCACAACCUACCGCGUUGACGUUGUCAUCAACGACGUCAAGAAGUUCCUGUCGGAGACCCAGUCGGAGAUCAUCAUCCUGGAGAUCCGUACCGAGUACGGCCACGAUGACCCGGCUGAUUUCGACAAAUACCUGGAAGAAGAGCUGGGCGAGUAUCUAAUCCACCAGGACGAUCAAGUCUUCGGCAAGACAAUCUCAGAGCUACUCCCGAAAAGAAUCAUAUGCGUUUGGAAGCCCAGGAAAACGGCGCAACCCAAAGCAGGAGGUCCGCUAUGGAGUUCCGGGUACCUUAAAGAUAACUGGAUAGACACGGACUUGCCGGAGAAGAAAUUUGAGAGCAACAUGAAGUAUUUGAGCGAGCAGCAGGCGGUGAACUCCCGGAAAUACUUUUACAGGGUGGAGAACACGGCGACGCCUCAGGCCGACAACCCGGUGCUGUGCGUUUAUCCGGUGACAAACAGGAUUCAUCCCUAUGCCAGACUAUUCAUAAAGCAAUGCAUCUCCCAGGGCCAUGCUGAUAAGUUGCAGAUAUUUUCAACUGAUUUCAUCGAUGAGGAUUUUGUGGACGCCUGUGUUGGGUUCACCAGCGCAAGGCUGGAAGGAAAAGUCUAGCUAGCUCAUCACAACCAUAUACACAUAUGCUGAAUGUAUGUAUGUGCAGUGCAGUGCAGUGGGUAUAUACAUAUGUGUAUAAAUUGGAUGGAUGAUGUGUGUAAAGUAAAAUUAUAUUAAAGAUAUGAGAGUGUUGCAUGUGUUAUUGUGUGUAGUACUUAUUAAAUGGAGUAGUCAUUAUAUUGUUUCAGUUAUGUAAAUGUGAAGUUCAAUUAUUGUGAUU